AUGUCUCGUCGCGUCUUGAAGAACCAUUUGAAGAGCAAAGGCGAGGUCAUCAAUGAGACGGUAAAGAAGGGGAUGACUAAACUUAUCUCUCGCAGUUCCGAAGUUGUGGAAGGUAAUUCUUCUUGCCCAUCAUCGCUGACAGCAUCCGCUAAACCCUUUAUGGAGAAGUUGGAAGCAAUCAAAUCCAGCAUCAACGAUGAGGACAUCCUCACGAACUUCUUGCAGGAUAUGAGCGAUGUGAAAUUGAAGGUGCUUCUUGACAUCUUCAACCCAAAGAAGAAAAGAGCUUGUGUUGAAGAUAGGGUGCUUGAUAGCGCCUUCAUCGUGAUUGACGAGUUGGAUGAGAUGAACAGGUGGAUAGACUUUAUCCAGCACUUGAAGAAGGAAACGAUUGAGACAUGGAUGAGGAUACUUGCUUCAAAGCACUUCAACGAAGAUGAACAGAACCAUCUUUCUUGUAAUCCAACUAUGCUUCACGAGAUGGUCAAGCAAUCCAUCGCCUACCGAGACGGCAUCAAAAGGGCAUCGCAAAGGACUAACCAAGAACAACGAGAAGAACCUGAGACUUCAGGUUGCUGUGUGAUGUAG